AUGAUCCCUGAAUUUACCAGGCCCAGCUCCGAGGGCGCUCACCACCGCGCCCUAUGGAGCACCCUGUUCUGCAGCUCAGAGGCCCACAUCCUACACCGGAAGAAAAUCCAACCACAGCCUCCAGUUUUAAGGGGCGCCGACUGCCCCACGUCGUGCUGUGUCCCGGGUGUUCCCCGAUCUAAGGCGGUCAGGCUGGGUGGAGUGGCCCCCAGAGCCUGGGGGCGAGGCAGUGAAGUCCACGCCCCGACGCGGCGGGAGGCGUCUUGCUCUGGCUCCGGGCGCGAGGACUGGGAGCCAGUUGUCCCCACGCGGGCCGCUGCGCAGGGCGCGCCACUCCAGGGUGCGAAGUGCGUAACGCCGCCUCUGCCGUCCCCGCCGCGGGUUGAGUCGGCCGAGGGGGACUCCGAAGACUACGAAGAGUAUGAGGACUUUUCUCAGCUUCCCGACACCCACAGCAUCGCCUCGGACGACUCUUUCUACCCCGCCGCCGACGAAGAGGAGCGAUGCUUCUCGAGCGGGGAGGGCGUCCGGGAGGGAAUCCCGGAGGCAGCGACCCUCCUGCGCGCCGCCUGCGCCAACGACGUGGAACUGCUGCAGGCACUGGUGCGCCGGGGGCCGCGCGCCGAGGAGGUGCAGGAAACAGACCGCAACGGCCGGACUGCCCUUAUUGUCGCCUGCUACCACGGCUUCGUGGGUGCGGUAGUGGUCUUAGCAGAGUGCCCCCACAUUGAUGUCAACUGGCAGGACCACGAGGGGAACACCGCUCUCAUCAUUGCUUCACAGGCAGGGCACGCCACCAUCACCAGCUACUUGUUGAACUAUUUCCCUGGUCUCGACCUGGAGAGGAGGAACGUGUUCGGGUUCACAGCGCUGAUGAAAGCCGCCAUGCAGGGCCGGACCCAGUGCAUCCGAGCCCUGAUGCUGGCAGGGGCAGAUGUCCAAGCGAGGGACCCCCGGCGCGGGAUGUCGCCGCAGGAGUGGGCUGCCUACACGGGACGUACGGACUCGGUCCGUCUGAUGGAGAGGCUGCUGGAGCGUCCUUGCCCUGAACAGUUUUCGGAAAAGUACAAGCUGGAGCUACUGAGGGUCCCGGAGGUCCUUCUGAAGCCCUCGGUCUCCAAAAACUGCCUGCAGAGGUUGGCCGAGUUCCUGCGGUCCACUCUGACCUCCCGCUCCAGUCAGGGCCUGCAGGAUGGGGGCGCCCUGGACCACAUGGUCAAGAUGACCACAAGCCUCUACAGCCCGGCGGUGGCCGUCAUCUGCCAGACCGUGUGCCCUGAGAGUACCCCCAGCGUGGGGAAAAGGUGGCUGGCCGUGCAGGAAAUCCUGGGGGCUCCGGGAAACCGGGACACCCGUGGCCAGGACAGGGACAAGGCAGAGGGCCCUCAACAGCUAUGCCGGACCUCCCAAGCUGGGGAGGUCUCCAGCUUGGGGUCCCCGAGAUCCAGCCUGCCGUCGUCGCCGCCCAGGUCGGGUAUCCAAGUGGCACCCGCCGCCCGGAAGGCCAGCCUCUUGCCCUUGCAGCUGCUGAGACGGGGCAGUGUGCGGCCGGGCGUGGUCAUCCCCAAGGUUCGAAUCAGCAAGGCGCCUGCGCCCACCUUCCAACCGGAGCGAGCGCCCACUAAGGACAGCGCCCACCUGCAGAUACCCAAGUGGCGCUACAAGGAGGCCAAGGAAGAGAAGAGGAAGGCGGAGGAGGCUGAGAGGAAGCACACGGCAGAGACACAGAAGCAAAGGCGGGCGUCCCGCUGGAGGAAAAGGACGUGA